AUGUCGUGGGUGCUCUUCUCUAGGCGAUGGAAGCCAGCGUGGAGCGAAGUCCAAUCCAAAAAGACUGGCUUGGCCAAGAGGAGCGGCUUUCCAACAUGGUCCUGGUCUGGCUGGAAAGCCGAAGACACAUGGAGCUACCUGAAGAACAUCAAGCACUUGGAAAAGAGUUUCGCGGUGCCACUGUUUGUGGAAACAGCAACAGGCGGGCUUGUAGAGUUCAACAAAGACUUCGCCAGGUCACUUGCUUCAGGCCAAUCUUAUGCGGCUCUGGGUUUGACCCACAUCUUGACAAUCACGACCGAGGUUUUCGAUGUGCCUUUCAUAGAAUGCGCGCCCUAUAGACACACACCCACCUUGAAAAGGAGAGACUCAUUUCCCAUCCGAUAUAAAGGCCAGCACUGGGUCAAAAAGGAUGAAUGCCCUCACGAAGACAACUGGACCCAUUUUGUUGUUCAAAAGAGCAUCGGGGCGUCUGACAAAGGGCUGGUCUGGUAUUUGGAUCUUACAAAUGGUGGUGCGACUAAUAGUUCCGACCUUGUUUUUGACACCGACAUCAUUAACCUCAAUCCUAUGACACUCCGGUGCAUAGUCAUAGGCUACGAUCGAGGCAUGAUUGUUCAGUCUAGCAAUGGCAUCUCCAGACGAGUUGGGCUAUUGAAUUUCGAAGGGGAGUUCUUUGAGAAUGGUCGAUUAGGAAGCAACGAAUACGGAUACCACAACGAUGAUGUGUCAUGGCCAUGGACAGACUCGGUACAUAGCAGGGAUCUUAGAGACCACUUUCCAAGUGCUGUCCAGACUGUACGUUUAGGCUAG